AUGCCAGUGGCCACCCAAGCCUCUCUCAAGGGCCUCACGUAUGAGCAGCUCGAACAGACGUCCUGCAGACUAUGUCUGAACAACACCUACCAUCUUGGUCUCAAGCCUGGUCAGGAGACCCUGGACGCUGUUGGAGGUGCCCAUAAACUACAGGGAUGGGAUCACAAUAUCCUGACCGAUAGUGGGGGCUUUCAGAUGGUGUCACUGCUCGAGCUCGCCACGAUCACAGAAGAAGGCGUCCGCUUCCUGAGUCCACAUGAUGGCUCGCCUAUGCUUCUUACGCCCGAACACUCAAUGAGUCUUCAGAAUUCGAUAGGCAGCGAUAUCAUGAUGCAGCUUGACGAUGUUCUCGUCACGACAUCUCCAGACGCGGCACGUAUGCGCCUCGCCAUGGAACGCUCAGUGCGAUGGCUAGACCGAUGCAUAGCAGCACACAAAAAACCGGAGACGCAGAACCUUUUCUGCAUCAUUCAGGGAGGAUUGGACCUGGAGAUGAGGAAGGAGUGCUGCGAGGAGAUGGUGAAGCGGGAUACGCCUGGGAUCGCCAUUGGUGGGUUGAGUGGAGGCGAGGCGAAGGACGACUUUUGCCGCGUCGUCGAGACCUGUACAGCACUUCUUCCUGACCUGAAGCCGCGCUAUGUCAUGGGUAUUGGGUUUCCGGAGGAUCUUGUUGUGAGUGUAGCCCUCGGUGCAGACAUGUUUGACUGCGUGUGGCCUACGCGUACAGCACGCUUUGGCGCCGCCGUCACUCGCCACGGCGUAUUGAACAUGCGCAAUGCCCGAUUCGCGCACGACUUUGGUCCUGUCGAGACAGGAUGCGGGUGCAAUUGCUGUCUGAGUGUGGACAAGGGGGGCAUGGCCGUGACGAGGGCCUUUGUGCACCACAACUCGGCCAAAGAGACGGUUGGGGCGCAUCUGUUGACGAUUCACAACGUGUAUUACCAGCUGAACCUCAUGCGGCAGAUAAGGGAGUCAAUCAUUGCGCAAAGAUUUCCCGACUUCAUCAGGGAAUUCUUUGGAAACCUGUACGAGGAUACAGAAGACUAUCCAACCUGGGCAGUCGAUGCCCUUCGCCGGGUCAACGUCGACCUGAUCAAAUAA